GACAAUUGCCGAGCAAUUCGCGUGUUUUCAAAUACAAGAUAGAUUUCUCACGGCACAGUAAUUUGUUUAACGUAAUCUCUAAUCUUUUUACUGUAAGACGUUAGUUAAAAGGACUCGCUAUUGAUACAAUUGACAUUUUCAGCUCGGAUAUUGAUAUACAUAAUAUUGAGAAAAUGUUGGAUUAUACGUAAUUGAAAGUUGGUUAUAUAAUUGAAAACUCGUUAAAGAAGAUAUAUAUUGGCAAUGGAAAAUUUAUGUUUUGUGACAAUUUUAGUUUAUGGAUUUUUAACUAACUUAUCGCAUACUGCAACUGCAGAGGAACCGUGCUACGGGUGCCAGCUUUUUAAUGUUAGAGAUAAGGAACAAAAAUCACGAAGAGCGAUAGAUAGCGAGUGUCCAAGAGUUUGCGACUGCCCAUACAAACAGUUAAAUUGUGAAUAUGGUGUACCACGUGUGAUAGAUGGAUGUGGCUGUUGUCACAUGUGUGCCCGACAAUACGGUGACACGUGUAGUGUUAUAGACAGGUGUGAUACAGAUAAAGGAUUAUACUGCGAUCUUCUGCCUAAUGCGCAGCAUGGCAUUUGUAAAGCUAAUACUCCAAAAGCAUGUGUGAUCAAUGGCAAAAGUUAUAAUGAUGGCGACACGUUUUAUCUUAACAAUAAUUGUAGAAAUCGUUGCACUUGUCAAAAUGGACAUUAUGGUUGCGUUGACUUGUGUCCUCAAGAGUACCGGAAGCCGUCUAUGAUAUUUUGCCCCAAUGCCGAAUUGAUGGCUGUGAGAGGACAAUGUUGUAAAGAAUGGAGCUGUUUGAAACCAAAUAAAACAGAGUCUAACAAAAUACCAAGACACGUUACAAACAAUUACAAAAUACGCCCGCAAAAUAAUCCAACAUGGGUUGAAGAAUCUAAACAACUAAAUGAAGUGAUACACACUGGUGUCACUGACUGUUCCCUAAACGAAACAAAAUGGAGCCAAUGUUCAGUCACAUGUGGUGUAGGAAUAUCUGUUCGUAUGGCACCAAAGCACUGCAGGCGGAAGGAAGACACAAGGUUGUGUUAUUUACGCCCAUGUGGAACAGUAUUGUAUAGUAAUGAUCGAAAGAAAAAAUGUACGCCAACAACACGGAUAACAAAGAAAGAACGAAUUUCUUAUAAAGACUGUCACAGUGUACGGGCGUACAGAUUGAAGUUUUGUACUAAUUGUAAAGAAAAACAAUGUUGUUAUCCAAAAAGAACAAAGACCAGAGAAAUUGAGUUUCUCUGCAACGAUGGACGUUAUGAAUACUUUAAGUAUGCAUGGAUCAAAAGAUGUAAAUGUAGUAGGAGGUGUAAAUAGAUAACGUAAAUACUUUUGGUGUCUGAUAUUUAUUGAAAUUAAUAUCUAGUAAUUAUAUAUACAUGUACAUUUGUAUUAUCUGGUUUGUCGUUUGAUCUAUGUGGUCAUAUAGGAAAUGUGGUGUUUAAAGUGAAAUAUUUAUUAUUAUCAUAACACUUCCUUAUUUGUGCAAUAUUUUUUUAAUAUAGGUUUAAAAAAAAUUUAAUGAAAAAAAAAUUUCCUCUAAAUACUAUUUGGCUAUGUAUGACCCGUAAUAGCAUAUAGUAUGGAAAAUCACCAUCGAUGGAAUUUUUUUUUACGUUCAAAAAUAAGAAUAUAAAUAGAUUAACAAAUCGUUAUUUUUAUUAUGGAAUUCGAUAUUUUAACUGGAGACUAUGAGUUUUAUUUUAUUUUCAAUAUAUGAUUCAUAUAGCUAUAUCAGGCUAUAUAUAUAUACCUUUUAAUGAUAAGCAGUUGCAAAAUUGGCUGCUAUUCUUAUAAUUCUUAUACGUUUAUUAUAUAAGAAAAAUAGGGAAAUAUUUUUAUGUACAUAUACAUUCUUAAAGACUAAAACUGUAAUUGAUAUCUCAAAUUAAUGUUUUUAUAUCUGUUUCAGUAGUUUGCAUAUCAUGUAAAUAUGUUAUAUUUUAUACAAUCAUAGUUAUAAUUCUUGAUUAUUAACAUAUCAAGUUGUAUUGUGUUCUGUAUAUAUGCUUCGGCUAUAUUGGUUGUGGUCUGUGUUGUAUGUCUAAAUUGAACAAACGAAACGCAAAAUUGCUUGACAUGCAUUGAGCAUGUAACUAAUUACAUUUUUGAUCUAAAACAUUCAGUAUUGUUAUUUGAUUAAAAAAGAUAAUUAUA